AUGGCAUCGUUUCACCUGCCUCCUCCUCCUCUCCCCAGCCUCAGGACUCUUCCAGUAGAGAUUCUUUCCAUGAUUGGUGCCGGCUGUGAGUGGCGGGACAUCGCGGCCCUCAGGCGUGUCAAUCGGCUUUUCGACAGCGUGUACGGCGAAGAGUUCUACACACGCAAUGUCAAGGAGUACAACACUGAUCUAGCAGUAUGGGCAGCAGCAAACAGCCAGACCAAAGUACUGGACCGCUUAUUCAAGAUGAACAAGGAGAUCACCCAACAGCAUUGGAUUGUCGAAUCCCGAUACCUUGAUCGGCAUACAGACUUCUUGAGGCUUGAUGACCCGGAAUGGGGAAUAGACAUCGUCUGCACAUUGUCCCAUGUUGCUGCAGCAUCUGGACACAACGAUGUGAUCAAGUGGCUGGUUUCACAUGGAGCUGAUCUCCAACUAGGGAUUUGGAGAUAUGGGUUUUCACCAAAAUUUGCACCAACACCUGACAGGGUAUCUUGCGGCUGUGACUGUACGCUUUGGACGUUGGCUUCCUGGGACCGCGGUCUGAAUCCAUCCCCCAAUUGGACGCCCCUCCACAUGGCAAUAUGUCAUGGGCAGACACGAACAGUUCAGCUUCUGUUAGCACAUGGGGUUACCGCGGACAUGACCUGGCCCCCAAGAUCAGCCGAAACAACCGACGAAGAGGAGUACAUCUCGGCCCUCGCCGUUGCUGCGUCGCAUGGCUACGCUGACAUCGUGAAACUACUUUUCAUGCGAGAAGACUGCGAUCCCCACCAUGCGGACCAUUAUGGCAACAACACGCUAUGCUAUGCCGGCUGUCGUGCCUAUCACCCUACGGUCAUCGCGAUGCUAUUAGCCGCGGGGACCGACCCGCUUCACAGAUCUUAUCAUCCGGAUCAAUAUGAGGUUAUGCCUAUGCCUUUUGAAAAAGCCUUGGACGAAUGUCGGUAUAGCGAGGCCCUCAGCAUGUGGAAAGCGGGAGGAGACAGAUGGUUACAAGAGGCUGAUGAGUACGCUUGGCGCAGGAUGGAAGAACAUCUGAAACAUCUUUUCGGGCGCUCUAAAUCCUACCACUGCUGCGAGUCCUGCUGCGAGACCUGCAGCGAGUCCGAUUGUACUCAGGAUACAGAUCUUGAACUGUCCGGGCUUUCAAGCCCGUCCCACCUGCCUCCAGGAAGAUUGCAGGAUGAAUGGCGAGAAGCCAGAGAGGCCAUUGCGGUGGCAUUUAUGACCGCAAGUCCCGCAAAGAUCAGGCUUGCCCGCGAGCAUCGGUCGAACUUCAAGUCGCCAUUGUCCUGCUCGCUAUGGGUCGCACUGCACAGCACAGUCAGAAGCGUUGAGAGAGUGCUAAUUGAUGGCGCAGAUCCCAACUCGUGGAUUUACAGGGACAGUGAAGCUGGGGAAACAGUGGCCACGCCGCUUACGUACCUGGCAACCCGGUCCAACACAUGCAUCAAUGACCGCAAGGACAAGAUCCGAUUGCUCCUCGCCUAUGGAGCUCGCCUCGAUGGACCCAGGGAGCCUCUCCGGCUGAUGAUGAAGGACCCCUUCUGGUCUCAAGACGUGGAAGAAUACAUCCUAAAGCACUCAACUCAGCGCAACCUACCGCACGCGUACGCUGCGCGUAUGGCACUCGAGAUCUAUUUCGGUACUCGGUAUGAAUCUUUCAGGCGCCUGGCUAGCUACUUCAAGACAACAACAUGCAGCCUCACCCGCCACUAUGUGCAGGUAAUCGUUGAAGACGCACUCAUAGCCGAUCGGGCCGAACCCCUCCGGAUCCUCACAGAGCUUGGUAUCAUAUCAAGAGACGAGGUUUCGCGGCGGGCCUCAGCGCGUGAGCUACCCAAAGUCCACAUGUGGUUGGACAGCAUGGAGGACAUUGUUGGUCCCGCUGAUGGGUGUGGCAGAUGGUGUUACGAGUUGGACAUGUACGAUGAUCUUGAGGAUCACUGGGGCCCGGAAUCGUGA